UUAGCUGCCCUCUCUUCCCUCUACCCCUCCCGCCGCCAUCUUGUAUUCAGGUCGGCCCGAAGCGCGUUCUGCGCUCUUUCUCCCUCUCCAUCUUUGUGCUGGCUGUACGCCGUGAGGCCUCGAGGAGGGGGAGGCGACAGAAACAGCAAAGCUCGCUCCCUCCACGAUGACAGAGAUCAGCGAUCUGGACCGACAGAUUGAACAGCUUCGGCAGUGUGAGCUCAUCAAGGAGAACGAAGUGAAAGCCCUCUGUGCCAAAGCCAGGGAGAUCCUAGUGGAGGAGAGUAAUGUGCAACAGGUCGAUUCUCCAGUGACGGUUUGUGGUGAUAUCCACGGUCAGUUCUACGACCUGAAGGAAUUAUUCAGGGUGGGCGGUGAUGUCCCGGAGACCAACUACCUGUUCAUGGGAGACUUUGUGGACCGAGGCUUCUACAGUGUCGAGACCUUCCUUCUGCUGCUUGCUCUGAAGGUGCGAUAUCCAGACAGAAUCACCCUGAUCCGGGGAAAUCACGAAAGCCGACAGAUCACCCAGGUCUACGGCUUCUACGACGAGUGCCUGCGCAAGUAUGGCUCAGUGACGGUGUGGCGGUACUGCACUGAAAUCUUCGACUACCUCAGUCUGUCGGCUAUCAUCGACGGGAAGAUCUUCUGCGUGCACGGCGGCCUCUCACCCUCGAUACAAACACUGGAUCAAAUUCGGACAAUAGAUCGCAAACAAGAGGUUCCUCACGAUGGGCCCAUGUGUGAUCUCCUGUGGUCAGACCCUGAAGACACAACGGGGUGGGGAGUGAGUCCGCGGGGAGCUGGUUAUCUGUUUGGCAGUGACGUGGUCACGCAGUUCAACGCUGCCAAUGAUAUUGACAUGAUCUGCCGCGCUCACCAGCUGGUGAUGGAGGGUUACAAGUGGCACUUUAAUGAAACUGUGCUAACUGUCUGGUCAGCACCAAAUUACUGCUACAGGUGUGGUAACGUGGCAGCCAUUCUGGAACUGGACGAGCAUCUGCAGAAGGAGUUCAUCAUUUUCGAGGCAGCUCCUCAGGAAACCCGGGGCAUCCCCUCCAAAAAACCCGUGGCCGACUACUUCCUGUGAUGUGAACUGUGAUUCCCCACCACCCCCCCACCCUCCACCCUUCAGGGCCCCAGACACGACUCCGAUGUCUCCUCCAAGUGCCCCCUCGUCCUGACUCAGCCCAGGAGCAGGCUCCCAGAGAUUGAGGGGACAGUGGGAAAGUGUGUCUCAGACAGUGGGAGGCUGCAUCAUCCGGGAGCUUUCACUCUGGUGUCAGGCAGGUUUCAGUACACCCACACCCACACACUGUCUGUCUCUCUGUCUCUGUCCCCACACACUGUCUGUCUCUCUGUCCCCACACACUGUCUGUCUCUCUGUCUCUAUCUCCAGACACUGUCUGUCUCUGUCCCCACACUCUCUGUCUCUGUCCCCACACACUGUCUGUCUGUCUGCCUCUGUCUUUCUGUUCCCACACACUGCCUCUCCCUCUGUCUCUUGCCCCACACACUGUCUGUCUCUGUCCCCACACACUCUCUGCCUCUGUCCCCACACUGUCUGUCUGUCUCUGUCCCCACACUGUCUGUCUCUGUCUCCACACACUGCCUGUCUCUCUGUCUCUGUCCCCACACACUGUCUGUCCUCUGUCUCUGUCCCCACUGUCUGUCUCUGUCUCUCUGUCUCUGUCUCUCUGUCUCUGUCCCUCACUCUCUCUGUGUGUCUCUCUCUUCCUCUCUGUCCGACCUCUCUCUCUCUCUCUCUCUCUCUCUCUCUCUCUCUCUCUUUCUCUCUCUCUCCCUGUGUCUGUCUGUGUCUCUCUCUCUCUCUCAUGUACACACCCACCCUCAUAUGCACAGAUACGUGCAGUCAUGCACACACUGAAUGGAAGAGAUCUAUGUGUCUCUUCCUCUCAUGCAUGACGCACACAGACACAGAUGCAUUAACACACCCACAGACACAGUCUGCCUCUGUGGUCAGUUUCUCUCUCUCUCUCUCUCUCUCUCUCUCUCUCUCUCUCUGUCACACACACUCUGACACAUGCCUUCCAGUCUGCCUGGCUGCCAGCGUGUUUUCCCCAUCACCCCGUUUUCGACCCUCUGUGGGCUGCCCAUCUCUCCCGUUAUACCUCGUCAGGACUGUCAGCCUGGCCCCCACCACCCCGGCAGCACAGUCUCCCCUGGGUACGGGUCUCGGGCAGGCCGCGGACCCUCCCAGGGACACAGUUGGCGAGCUUGGUGGAUUGGGAAUGCCGGGGGAGUAUGGACACGCGUGCACACUGUGACAGUGUAACCUCACUGUCGUCCGCUCUCCCAGCCUUUUUUUUAUUGAAAACUUCUGACAGCUCUGUGACUGUAACAGACAAAGCCCGUCUGCCUUCAGAUUUACUCUGCAACCUUUUUAAAGAAAGAUUCCAUCUUCGAAUAAAGCCUUCAAAAAAAUGCCAAUAAAAAGCGUAAACUCUCA